CGAGAAGUUUGACCGGCCACUUCUCUAUUAAUAUUUAUUUGCAAUAACUACUCUAUAAUUGAACCUCUUGGUGAAUACUAAUCUCGCAUACAGAUCAGAGGAUCCUGAGCACUUCUUCUUCCAUGGCCUUUCAAUUAGAAGCUUCUACCUCUCUCUCAUUCUCUUCUUCUUCCAUUCGUAAAUGGGCUCACGAUGUAUUCUUGAGUUUUAGAGGUGAGGAUGUUCGCCAAAACUUUAUUUCUCAUCUAUACCAUGCUUUGCAUCAAAGGGGAAUCAACACUUACAUAGACAACAAUCUCGAAAGAGGAGAGGAAAUUUCGUCAGAACUUUCCAAAGCAAUUGAAGGAUCAAUGAUUUCUAUCAUUGUACUCUCUAAGAACUAUGCAGAGUCUCGAUGGUGUUUAGAUGAGCUAUUGAAGAUCCUCGAGUGUAAGGAAAUGGUAAAACAAAUUAUUUUACCCUUGUUCUACGAUGUAGAUCCGUCAGAGGUACAACAUCAAAAAGGGAGUUUUGGAGAAGCAUUCGCCAAACUUAGAAAUAAGUUGAAGGAUGAAGUAAAGGUCACAAAGUGGGAGGCAGCUUUGGAAAAAGUAGCCAAUUUGUCCGGACUCGAAUUAGGGGACAGGAAUGAAUCAGAGUUUAUUCAAGAUAUCAUUAAAUGGGUGGAUUCAGUAAUGGUAAAUCGUACAUUUCUUAAGGUUGCUAAGCAUCCAGUUGGAAUAGAGUCCCGCGUACGAGACAUUUUUCAACAAUUAAAUAUGGGAAGGAAUGAUAUUGUAUGCAUGAUAGGGAUAUUUGGAACCGGUGGAAUUGAUCAAGUGGAGAUCAAGGACUGGGGAGCCAAAGGUAGAAUGGAAGCUAGAGCUUUGACUUGGUAUCAAGCAUGGAUUUGGAACAUAAAUAGCUUGUGAUGGGUAAGUAUGGACAGACAAUGGUGAAGGGAAAUACGCUCCUGAGAGUCUGAGACACAUUUGGAAGAUUGAUGUUCUUUUCCUUCCACGGGAAGUCUGGAACUAUACAGGAUCCAUACGAAGCAAUACAUGAUUCUUUCGGAGCGAAUUAACCCGUUUUCUCUAUCAUAAAUUAAUGCCCCUAAUUUCUACGUUCUUUUGGGCCACAUUAUGCUACAUGUAAUUGUCUUGUUAGAUAUAGAGA